AUGGCCAACGCGCACAUCGCCCCCAGCCCCAUGCAACAGCCGCACCAGGAGUACCCCGAGAAGGUCUAUGGUCAUCCCCAGAUGCCUCCUCAACAACGUUCAGCGUCGUCUCAGUUCCGCCAGGCCGUAGCGAUCCCCAAUCUCGGCAUGUCGCCUGCCCCAGUAGACUGUCCGGCCUGCGGUCAGCGGAGCAUGACCAAUGUCAGUUACCACACGGGGAACACCACACAUGUCUGGGCUGGAGUCGCCUGCUGUUUGACCGGUCUUCUCUGCUUCGUUCCGUACCUCAUGAACUCGUUGAAGGACGUGCAGCAUCGGUGUGGAAGUUGCGGAGUGCUGCUGGCGACCUGGCACAAGAGCGGAGUGGUGGAAGUUCACAUGCACGGUUGA